UUUUGAAUCAUUCAGUGUGGAAUCAAAUGUAUCACUGAUAUUCAAACUAUGAUCCAUAGGCCAUAUCCAGCGAGUGACAGGUCUUAACUGGUCACUUGAAAUUCUCGCUAUGCAGAAUGAAGCAGAAAAGACUUAAUUCAUUGAACACCACAAUUUUGUGUGACCUGUGACACACAUAUUGCACACGUGUGGCCCCUAGAGCAAACAAGAUUCAGCACCAUUGUAAUACAUACAGUUUGCAAGCCAACAUAAUUUUUUAUUUGGAUCUGAGAACAUUUAUAAGUAUCUAACACUAUUCAACACUUUCUGACAGCCGAAACUUUGCAAAAUACAUGGUUAAAAUGUUAAAAUAAAAAAUUGUGCUGUCUCGUGUAUUUCAAUGAAGUGUGAUUUAUCAGUAUAUUGUAACAAGUACUGCGUCUCUGUGUAACUGGUUUCUAAAACUAACAUAAACUAUUUUGCUAAAAAAAAUAUUUAAAUGUACUUUUUUCCUUUAAGAUAGGACUUUUUUUUUUCCUUUUAGUACAAUACUUAUAAUAGCAUCAUAUGCAGGAAAAAUGCAGGUAGCUGAUUUGUAUGCUGACUUUAUCGAUCUCACCAGUGAGAUAUAGUGAGUCACGAUGGCUGGUGGUGAAUUCUAUCUCAGCUCGGAUGCCCUUCAAGAUUCAUUGCUAUUCUGAAGCUACUGCAUGUGGGUCGAAAGUUUUUCAGAUUUCCCUUAGCGGAAAUGCCAAAAGUAAGCUAUCUCUCCACUGUUCACUGGACCUGACAGAGAAUCUGGUAUUGAAAUCACUGAAUCCAAAUCUAGUUGCAGCCAAAGUGAGCGAAAGUAUGAAAAAUGUUAUGAAUCAAGAAAGACCUUCAGUUAAUACCAAGGAAGUGAUUACAGUUAACACAAGUCUGGACCUGGACACAUUCUCAAAGCUCUUACCUUUCUUGCGAUGUUACUUUGUGAAUUCUCCGGUGAAUGAAUAAAACAAACUAAAUGUGGAGGACCAAGCCUCAAAAACUACUAGACUUAUCAAGACUACAAAUCCAAUUUAUUCAACUAAUGCUGAUGCCUCAAACACAACCAGACUUAACGAGACCACUGACCCAACCUAUUCAACUAAUGCUGAUGGCUCAAUGGAAAAAAAAAAUCCUAAUGGUCAUUUCAAUUUGCUCAACUUUCUUGAUUGCUGUUGCAUUGGUUUGUACUGGCAUUUUAAUUUACAUUUGGAAAAGAGUAUUCAAUGUCGGUUCAGGCCACACAACAGCUGUUCAAUUUAGUAUUCAAAGCAAUGCUGUGGUCUGCACCUCCAAUGCUGCUGAAGAAAUAGAGAUUGCGAACAGUACAGAAGAAAACCAUGUUUAUGACUCAGUAAUAUAUACAGGAUAUCAGACCUUCCAGCCCAAGACUUCAGAGGACCUAACUGAAACGAUUAAUUCAAAUGCUACAAGUAUUUCUGACCUAAGUAUCCAGCCUGAAACUUUGGAGAGCCUAACUGAAAGCAUCCCAACCAGUAUUGCUGACCAAACUCCCAAGACUUCAGAGGGCCUAACUAUAACUAUUAAUGGAACCUCCACCCGUAUUGCUGACCAAACUGAAACUGAUCCAGUUUAUAUUAAUAUGGCUUGCCAAACUAUCCAGCCCAAAUCUUCAGAGUGCCUUAUUGAAAGCAUCUAUAAAAUACCUACAAACAAUGCUGUCCGAAUUUUCCAGCCCAAGACUUCAGAGAGUCAAACUGCAACUGUUAGUCGAACCUCUACCUGUGUUGCUGACCAAACUCUUAAUGAUUCCAAAUGCCCAACUGAAACUGAUCCAGUUUAUAUUAAUAUGGCUUGCCAAACUACUGUCAAUGAAAGGAAUAAAUGAAAACAUUUGAGCAGCCUUAAAUAUACUGAAAUUUUAUUCUACAAAAAUGUAACUUCCUUCAGAAUGAAAAAAAAACAAGUUUUGGGCAAUUAUAUGGAAAAAAAAACAAGUUUGGGACAAUUUGAAAAAUGUCUGAUUCAGGUCUUUUUGAAUGAUUGUUGUGUUUUUUUAAUAUUAAAAUAUUUUUUUUGUGUGUUUUAGAUCUAUAUGUUAUAACUGUAAAAUUGAGUUGUUUAAUUUCAUAUGCAUAAGUCUUGUUAAGUUGUUCAGUAUUUCAUAGAGAUAUUUCCUUUUGAUACCAUCAUAAGCGAUUUAAGUUGAUGUACUAGUACAUUGUUUUCUUGACAUUUUUUUAGUUUGUAUUUAUGUUAUGAGUGCUGCUUUCAAUCUGUUAGUAUUACUUCUUCCAAAAUUCUUGAUAUUGGUUAGUCUUAUUGUGAAUUCAGGUUUUUUCCUCCAUUUUUAUUAGCUCUGUUGUAAUUUUGGUCCUCUCCUGGUGCUUCGUAAUUUUUUAUUUCUGAUGUUUAAAUUAGAGUUGGUGAGUUUAUAGUGUUUGUAGGUUUAUAGUGUUGGUGGCUGUUCAUAUUUUCCUUUGUCUCCAUCUUGUUUUAAUUAGGAACUCCUCAACGUAUUCAGCCCAUUUGUCAAUGACCCUUCUGUUUUUUUUGUGACGAGGACACCAUUAUAGUUCUCAUACAUGUGUGAUUUUGUUUGAAAUCCAUUCAUGUUAUACCUUAUUUUCAUGCCCAUUCCUCUCGCAUCAAGGUUCUCAAUGAGUGCUCUUUGUUUUUUUUUUAUUGCCUCAUUUUUAUGCUUUCUGACAGAUUUUGUAACCCUUAGCCUUGCUUCUUUGUACUGCUUUCUGGUUUCUUUCUUUAGCAUUAUUUGUCUGUUCAAUAUGCCUGCAUUCUAUAUGUCAGACUCUCCUUUUCUUUUGCUUAAAUCCAACCAUGUCAUCUGGUUUACUUUUAAUAGCAUGUUGUUGUUUUUUUAUUGCUCAUUUGUUAUAAUUAGGAUUACCCACAGGCUAUGUCUGUUGUUGUGCUUCAACAAUUUAUCUUUUGGUCUGUGAAUUCUAGUAUAUGCUUCAUUUAAUUGGAGUGGCCAGCUUUAAAUUCCUUCCCAUACACACUUCUGGCCUGUGAACUGUUCUCAC